CCCGCCCUCGAAGUGACGUCAAUACACGGAAGCAAAACAGGGACAGAGAAGCUUGUGCUCACGUUGCUUCUGUCAGCUGCUUUUACUUAUUAAAAGUCGGUCUAUAGUUGUUCGCGUCCCCCUCAGCAGGCUGAUAGAGAUGUCCGCUCCUCCUGCAGACGAUGUUGUCAAACAGUGGGAGAGCGAGCAGGCUCAUCUCAGGCAGCAGGUGGUGGAGGAGGACACUGAGGACUGGCAGACGAGUCCAGACUUCUCAGGCCUGGAGAGAGUCGGAGGAGUGGACCUCUCCUUCAUCAAAGGGGAUGACGUGAACGCCUGCGCCCAGCUCGUGGUGCUCAGCUACCCUGACCUGGAGCUGCUGUAUGAGGACAGUCAGAUGGUGACCCUGACGGCCCCCUACAUUGCUGGCUUCCUGGCAUUCAGAGAGACCCCCUUCCUCCUCGAGGCUCUGCAGCGGCUGGAGAGGAAUCAGCCCGAACUUCUGCCUCAGGUGGUGUUUGUGGAUGGAAAUGGUCUCUUCCACUACAGAGAGUUUGGCCUUGCGUGUCACCUGGGAGUGCUGUCAGGGCUGCCAUGUGUGGGCGUGGCCAAGAACCUGCUACAAGUGCAGGGUGUCUACAAGAGUGAGGAGCACCAGUCACAGAUAGCUGCUCUGCAGAAGGGAGGAGACAGCUUCCCACUCACAGCCGCCUCAGGCAAAGUGCUUGGAAAGGCAUUGCGAAGCUCCGACAAGAGCUCUAAGCCGGUGUAUGUGUCUGUUGGCCACAAGAUCAGUGUGGACACAGCUGUACGCCUAACACAUUCCUGCUGCCGCUACCGGGUUCCAGAGCCCAUCAGACAGGUUGCAAAUGCAGUGAAGGAUCUCAAAAACUCUGAAGACAAGCAAUACAGAAGGCCACUAAGAAGUCCAUCCCGUGUGUGUGUGUGUGUGUGUGUUUUCCAGUACGAGAGAGUGAGUGCUUGUUGUAACUUUCAUGUGCUUUUAAAAGUGCAGCUGUUUUAGUCCUUGCCAAGACAACGUCAGAUUAACUGUAUCUUUUUAAGCACUGGCCCUAUAUUUAAAGUGGAUAUGGGUCAGACUGGCUCUUUUUAUACACUGUUCUCAUUACAUUUUUGGGUCACUCAGCUUUUUACACUGGGAGCCUUGUAAAUAAAUCAUAAAAGUCCCUGGUCUGCUUCAAA